GAGGCGGAGUAAGGAGCCAGUGUGCUGUAAGAGGUAACCUGGCGAGUGGCCGCGGCUCUUCUCGCGUGCUGUGGCUCACGCUUUGGUACUGGAGGCCGAGCCUGUUCUGGCGACCGCGACCUCUGCGGCGACGGCUGAGGCUCUCGGAGGAGCAGAGGAGUACAACCUGGAGGAAGGGCUUCUGGUCAGCCCAGGUUCUGUCAUAAUGAAUGGAUCCAGUGUAGCAAAUACAUCACCUAAUGUGAAAUCCAAAGAGGAUCAGGGAUUAAAUGGGCACGAUGAGAAGGAAAACCCAUUUGCAGAGUACAUGUGGAUGGAGAACGAAGAAGAUUUCAACAGACAGGGGCCUCAUUACCAGAAAAGAGGGCCAGAAGCUGAGAGUUGAUUUUGAUUUAAUCUCCACUCUCCAGGUGGAGGAGGAACUGCAGGAGCAAGACUUCUUAGACCGCUGCUUCCAGGAGAUGCUGGAUGAAGAAGACCAAGAGUGGUUCAUUCCCUCACGUGACCUGCCUCAGGCCAUGGGACAGUUGCAGCAGCAGUUAAAUGGACUGUCCGUCGGCGAUGGUCAUGAUUCUGAAGAUAUUUUGAGCAAAAGUAAUCUGAACCCGGAUGCCAAGGAAUUUAUUCCAGGAGUGAAGUACUGAGCUGACAGAAAGCUUUGAGGAGAACUUGUAUGUCCCCACACCUUGGGAUAGCGCUGCACAAAGAGGCAGAGCGGACGAAGGGGGUGGGGCGGGCGAGGGGUGCACAGUGGGGAAGGGGGAUAGUGGUUUAACUUGACACUGUGACUGGAGUAACUAAUGUGCUCAGUCUUACUCUACAAGCCUCUGAGUCUCUGAGUAUUUCUCUUUUGUUCUACUGACUUUGGUUUGGAGCAGUUUCCUAUCAUUAUUAUUAUUAUUAGCUUUUUGAGUUAAGGAAAUCGCAGUCUUUUUUUCCCCUUCAUCAGGAAUGUUCUGCUGUGUGUGUUUAAACAAAAUAAGCUGGCCAAGAAAAUCUGGGUGUUUAAGAAUGCCCUUCUCAUCCUACUGUACACUUACUGAGUGAGGGCAAUGUUCAUUGCCUGGAGAAUUACUUACUGAGUCUGCUAAGCUGGAUGAGAAGAGGGACAAGUGGAAGAAGGAGGUGUUGCAAAUUAGGGUUCGCAGCCCAGCUCCCUUGACCCCGAGGGCUUUCCUGUGAAGAAGCAGAUUACCAUGGCCUGCCAAGCCGGCGUGUCCUUGCCUGGAACCCCGUUCAAGAAAACCCAGACUCCAAGGACUGGUUUCUGGUAACUCUUCUGACAGUUCAUGAAAGUUACAAACCAGCAGUGGUGGGCUGUGACAGUGAUUGCCAUUGGGGUCACUCUGUCACUGCUGGCCUGUUCUUAAGUCUCUGCUUACAGCCACCAUCAAAGUCAUUAUUCAUUAUUUGUGAGGUCAAAGAGCUCUAGGGUGGGUUUGUCACUUUAUCCCUCAUGGCAUCUAGUCCCCUGUCUCCUUUCCAUACCAACCCUGUUCUGUUUUUGAGAAGAGAUUGUUACCAAAGGGGAAGGCGAAGCAUGCUGUGCUGGCCAUCAGCUUUACUCUGGAGUAGCCAACCCUGAAUCCUAUUAAUUGUGUCUUAAGAGUAUUUUGGCAAUUUUUUGCCAGCCCCAUGAAGACUUGGUCCUCCUGGUAUCUUCCCUUAGUAAAUUAUUCCCAGUAAUUUUUCCCAAGUAAACAUAUUUUUCAGGACACCAGCAAGAAGCUCAGUUUAUAAUUUGGGUGCUUCUCCCUACCUUACAGAUUUAUGCAAAAGAACUAAAAAAAAGCCUGGGAGAGUGAGUCCUGCUUGACCCAUGUGACCAUGUGACUCACCGGGACAGUUUCAGUAAUUAUAAAAUUUUGCUGUUGCCAUAUACCCAGCUUUACAGCUUUUUGGGUAUGAGCUCUUUGGGUAUAUUCCUUUUGUUUUUCCUGACUGUAAAUCAGCUGAUACUCAUAAGGGAUUAAACUGGGCACCAGAAGGUGCCUUUGUGUGAUAAGAAUGUCUGUGGCAGAGUCAGGUCUAAAGGAGACCAUGUGGAGUCCUGGCCGUUCUCCUAGGAUGGGGGUUUGCAGAGGCCUGAGGGGGACAGUGGCUUCUGUAUGACUGCUUCUGUGUUGUGUCAGGCUAUCGGGAAAAGACCACGUAAUGAAAUAAAGUCUGCGUAAAUUCAGUAUGUGGAUAUGGGACAGAGGUUGGAAGGAAAGGACCGGUGUCUAGAAAGCUUAGGAAUUUCUCCCUUUUCUUAGGUACUCCCUUGUUGACUUUUUGAAUAGCCAUAGGCUAAUGUCAGAUUUAAAAUAUGAACCCACAUCUUUUUCUCAUUAGAAGUCUAUAAGAUGGCAUCGUUUAAAGAAUGGCCUUCCUCAUUAGGACACAUGUCAGAGGAGAGUAGCUUAAGGAGCUCCUAUUGCCGGGUGUGCACAUUAAAUCCCAAAGCCUCUACCUCAAGAGAAUGGAACAUUUAACUCGUUUCCAGGGAGGGCUGUGAAUAAAAAAACUAGUUUAUUGCACCUUCCGCUUUCUUAAAGAUUUAUUUAUUUAUUUAUUUGACAAAGACACAGCAAGAGAGGGAACACAAGCAAGGGGAGUGGAAGAGGGAGAAGCAGGCUUUCCGCGGA